AUGGAUAAGGAGAAAAAUCCAAACAACAAUCAGUCAGAAAGUAGUCAAACACAUCAUCUGUUCACAUAUUCAAGAAAGAAAAAACAUUUUCAGGUAUCAAACCCUAAUUAUAAUAAUAAUAGUAUAAUUUCAGAUUCAUCACUUUUAGGGCUUGUUAUAUUAACUCAAACAUUUUCUUAUGAUAUUUCUAUUUUACCUGAUUCAUUACUUGUUGAGAUAUUAUCUAGAUUGCCUUUAAAAUCUAUUUUUAGAUUUAAAUGUGUUUGCAAAAACUGGCUUGAGCUAAUUUCGCAGCCUUCCUUUCAUCGGUUUUAUUCCGUGACACAAACUGCUGCCAAUAAGUCUUUAAGUUGGAGGAUUUUGUAUAGGUAUAUUUAUGUGUCUAAGUUUAAGGAUGUUGUUGAGAGAUUUCGGCCCGAAAUUUAUGAUUGUAAGGAUUUUUCGGUACUUUUUAUGUCGAGUUUUGAGGAACAACAACAAGCUGACCAGUUUAAGGUUUUGGGUGUGAGUAAUGGGUUGGUUUUGUGUUGUUUGUUGGGGCCGUUGGUUUAUUAUGUUUGUGAUCCGGUUACGAGACAAUGGGUUACGUUGCCUAGAGGAAAUGAUAGGAUACCUAAAAGACAUCCGACUUAUUUUGGGGAAGGGAUAGUUAGUAAGGUUAAUGAUAAUGGUUUGCUUACGAGUUAUACGGUUGUGAGAGUUGAAAUGCCUAAGUUGGCUUCAAGGUUUUUGAAUUUGGAGACGUUUUCGUCUGAGACUGGGAGAUGGGUUGGUUAUAAGUUGCCUUGUGAGAAUCCGAUUACGUUGCUGAGACGUGGUGGUGGGCCUAUAUAUUAUAAUGGGAGUCUACAUUGGUUUGUUAUUGAUCAUGGUAUGGUUGCUUUUGAUCCGAAUAAAGAACCCAAGUCUUGUAGGCUUAUUCGGUUUCCUCAGGAUAGGGAUGUCGAGAGUGAGUAUAAACAUGAGGGGAUUUAUAGAUUGUGUGAUGAGUCUCAAGGAAGGCUGCGUUUUUUCGAGGUGGCGCCUGAGGCAGACUCGUUUUACUGUUUUAGUCUUUGGGAUAUGAAAGAUUACGAGAAAGGAGAAUGGUGUUCUGAGUCUAAGGUGACUCGUUGGGAUCUUUCAUCGACUGAUCCUGAAUUGAGCAGUUGGUUAAUGAAGGCCACUUUUCUUCCAUUGUCUUUUCAUCCUUUUAAUCUGGAUAUUGUUUAUAUGAGAUGUGUAGAGCUUGCUUGUGUUGUAUCAUAUAGUUUUCGGAAUAAAAUGCUGGAUGUUGUGUGUAAACCUAUCGGUGUUGUUGAAGACCUUUCUUGGCGUGUGUUGGUGCCAUUUGUGAUACCAAGGUGGCCAACGCCGGUUCCCAUUCCGCCUGUUCCAGAGAGGGUUUUCAAGCCAAGAAUUCCGCAACGCCGCGUGCAGGGCAUUUUUCAGCAGGAUCUAUUGGGACUAAGCUUACUGUAUUUCACGGGGAUUCUUUUCACUGCGGCAGUGGAUUCAUUGGAUGAAGAAAUAAUAGGUUCAUUUGUGUUACAUAAUCAUAUAAGAAUCGUUCUGUUGCCGUAUCAGAGUCAAAUAGUAUGUAACUGUCCUUUAUUUUAUGUAGGAAACUAGCUUGUUGGUUACAUAUGUGCCUAUAUUUUUUGUUUUUCUUAUCUCAGAUCUUUUGUAGAAAGUUGUAUUGAUAUGUUUUUCCA